UUCUAAUUAGACACAAGAAUCUUUGCUGCACAACUGCAACUGACUGCGUUCUCGGGUCCAUGCAAUCCACGUAAUUAAAGAAUUAGUGUUCAACAAACAGAAUCAGAAAUCAUAAUGGUAAAUUCUUUAUUACCAUCGUAGGAGAGGGGGGAAAGUGAAAAUUUCUUACAAUAAGGUUUUCCCACGUACACACAUAACUCCUUGUAAUAAUUUAAUGAAAAAUUAAUUUUCGUCCAACAAAGAAACACUUUGAAACUAUAUAAAUGAUGGAAAAGCCGAUAUUGAGGGCAUUAGCGUCCACGAUGCCAAGCUUGAUUGAACAAAGUUUCAAAAUAAAUUUUCGCAUAUUAAAAAUCACCGCCUUCUACCCACCCACAAAAAACAAACGACUGAACCAAAUGCUCGCGUUUGUCUUGUAUAUGUUGUUCGUAGUAUCUGUACCCAUCCUGGAAGUUCUCAACCUUGUUCUUCAAGAGAAGAUCACUUUUAAGCAAAUUAUCGACAAUGCGUUCAUGAUAGCUGAGCUGGGCUGUCUCAUACCGAAAUAUUGGCCCUUUGUGCGUAACAAUGACCGGCUUGUGAAAUGCAUUCAUUAUUUCGAUUCACCAGCAUUUCAACCAACGAAAAAAAAACACAGGGAAAUUCUCCAAAACUGCGUCAAGGUAUGUCGGGCCAUUACCAUCUUUUUCGUGGCUGCAGUCAGCUCAGGGUACGUUUCUUGGUCAAGUAGGCCCAUUUCUUGGAAAAACCACAUUUUCCCGACCGACUUGUGGCUACCUUACGACCCGAAAGUGGCCCCAAAAUUGUACAAUUUUCUAGUUUACACAUAUCUUGUAAUUGCUGUUGGUUACAGCGCCUAUAAUAACGCCACAAUAGACCCUUUGAUUAGCGGACUGUCUUAUCAGGCUACAAGCCAGAUUAAAAUAUUAAAGGACAAUUUACAACAUUUGGGUGAAGACACUGAAGCGGAAUUCAACCAGCAAUCUGUUAUUAACCGUUUACCAAAGUCGGAAAUCAUGUACCGAAAAAUUGUCAAAUGUGUUGAACACCACAAUCUAAUUCUGGAUUUUGUUAAAGAAUUCCAAUAUUGUUUCGCCCAGUGUGCGUUUAGCCAAAUUGCAGGAAGUGUUGUUGUUCUUUGUGUUUCUUGUCUGCAAUUAACUAUAGUGGAUUUGUUAAGUUUUGACUGCCUGGCAAUGAUAUUAUUUCUCGUCUCAAUGCUGAGUGAAGUUUACUUUUUUUGCCACUUUGGGACACUUCUCUACGAGGAAAGUAGUACGAUAUCUGAUGCCAUUUACAUGGGAAGUUGGUAUGACUAUGACAAAAAGUCAAAACAAGCUCUAACAAUUUUAAUGGAACGAACUAAAAGACCAGUAAUUGUAAUAGCUGGAAAACUUGUCCAGUUGUCCUUAAUAACGUUUAGCAUGAUUCUAAGACGGUCUUAUUCCUUGUUGGCAGUUUUGGAAAAUUACAAUAUCGAAAUCAAUUAAACAUGAAAAAAUGUUUUCAUUGUUGUAAAAUAUUGUUUGCACUCGUCGUAAUUUAUAAUGUUGUU